AUGAACAUGUCUGAGUAUGAGGAUGCCUAAGCUCCUCAUCAGUCAGUUUCAGGAUUAGUGAUCAGACUGAAUGAGGGCACUUGGGGCUCACCUCCAAACUGAGUCCACUAUAAAAGUGCCCCAGCAGAGGGACAGCUUGCCCUAUGUCCAGUGUGUGACUGUGAAGAGGGAAGCCCUCCGCUUCACAGUAGACCAAUUGGACAGUCAGGUGUCCUGAUUCACCUCUCAGCAGAAAUGGGGAACUCACACGGAUGUACAGUGGACGACCUGCAGGCCGUGGAGAUGCACCUGUGGUAUAAGAAGUUCAUGACAGAAUGCCCAUCUGGGCAGCUCACUCUGCACGAGUUCAAACAGUUCUUUGGACUGAGAGGACUAGACUCAGAGGCCAAUGCCUACAUUGAACAAAUGUUUCGCACAUUUGAUAUGAACAAGGAUGGCUACAUAGACUUUAUGGAGUAUGUAGCUGCCCUGAGUCUGGUGAUGCGUGGAAAGAUGGAGCACAAGUUGCGCUGGUAUUUUAAACUUUAUGAUGUGGAUGGCAAUGGCUGCAUUGACCGACACGAGCUGCUCAACAUCAUAAAGGCGAUUCGUGCAAUCAAUGGAAAUGAAAAUCAGGAGUGUACAGCUGAGGAGUUCACCAACAAAGUGUUUGACAGGAUCGAUAUCAACGGAGAUGGUGAACUGUCCUUAGAGGAGUUCGUAGCUGGAGCUCGCAGUGAUGAAGACUUUAUGGAGGUGAUGAUGAAGAGUUUGGAUCUCACUCACAUUGUGGCGAUGAUCCACAACAGAAGACGCAGCAUUUAGGUCCUCAUCAUGUGACAGUCAGCGGUGUGACACUGUGUAAUAAAUUCAUUACUGGACAAUUGCCACAUGAUUGACAGGUGUCUCAUUGUGGUCAUUUAAUGAUACUGAGCUCAAGGCAACUUUGGCAUGAGAGAUGAAGGGGUGAAGCGAAACUGCAAACAAAUAAUUUGCACUUUACAGCUUUGUGUUUCCAUUUAAACUGUUAUUCAACCUUAUUUGUUCU